CUGUCUCCCCCACAAACGGUCCCCCUGUGUUUGACAAUCAGCCCCCUUGACAGCGGACUCCCCACCAAACCGCGCCCUUUUUCGCACGCGUCACGCGCAUGCGCCCCGCAGCCAGCCCCUCCCCGGGCAGGGCGGGGAAGGGGCGUGGCCUCUGCCUGUCAUGGCGUCCGAAGGCCGCUUGGGCCAGAAGCAGCCGUCCCGAUCGCGGCGGCGGCGGCGGCGGCGCUGCUGCUGCUCAUGCUGCCGCCGCCUGUAGCGGAAACGCCUCGCUGACCGAGGGAGGGGAGCUGUCCGCCGAGGGCAAUGGAGGGCCUGGCGGAGCUUCCGCCCCCGCCAGCUCUGCUUCCUCCCGCCCCCCUGGGCGCCCUCGAGCGGGGCGGCGGCGCCCCUGAGGCGAGUCGCGUCUCCCCUCAGGAAGAGGCGGGAAUCGCCUCAGAGCCUGACGAGGCGGCGGCGGCGGCGGCAUCUGAGGAGACGCGGGAGGAGGAGAAGCAGCGAGGGGCGGGAAGCUCUUCGACGGUCCUCUCAGAGGCGGCCGCGUCCCUCGCUUCCCGCCUGGAAGAGCCGCGGCCGGUGGCCGCCCGAGAUGCGACGACGCCCGAAAGCCCCUCCCAGGCUGAGGCGACCGCGGCUCCGUCCCCAGGCAGCGGCAGCAGCGGGGUCUCGGGGCCCGGCUCGCUGAGCCCGGCGGGCGGCGAGGAGUCCGCGAGCCUGGCCGACUCGCUCGGCUCCUUCUCCAACCUGCCGUCCUGCGACGGGGCCAGCAUCUCCGACCUCAACGGCGGUGGCGAGGACGACGACGACGACGACUCCGAGGAGGCGGCGCCGGCGCCCAGGAGAGCCCCUGUCGCCGGCGGAGAAGACGACGACGACGAGGAUGGAGUCAGCCCUAGCAAGGGGGCUGCGGCAGGAACUGCCUCCGUCGCCGCCGCCGCCUCUUCGUCGUCCUCCUCCGCCUCGCCAUCGCCGCUCCUGCUUCUCCCGCCGGGCGCCAAGGAGCGCUUCCCGGGUCAGUCGGUCUACCACAUCAAGUGGGUGCGCUGGAAGGAGGAGAACACGCCCAUUAUCACCCAGAACGAGAACGGGCCCUGCCCGCUCCUGGCCAUCAUGAACGUACUGCUCCUGGCCUGGAAGGUGCGUGGCGGGGCUGGGGGAGAAGGACCAGGCCAGCUGCACGCCUCGCUGGCCUCCCGAGGGACAGGCAGCUUCCUAGAUAAACUGGCCAGGAGGGCUGUCGUCUUUCCUUAUCCUUUCAGGGGAAGGGCCCCCUGGCAGGGGCAGAGCACCUGCAUUUGGCAUUCAAUAAGAUCGUGGGUUCAAUCCCAGGUACCUCCAGGUAGGGCUGGGAAGCACUUUCGCAGUGGCAUCCUGGAGAACUAUUGGUCUAGAGGAUGAGUGUGAUCCCUCUUGUAAGGCUGCUUCCUCUGUUACAUGUGUGGAUGUCUUCCCUUGUCUGCCAUGCCCAGGAACUGAUCACCCUAGGUGCAGAGGUGCAGUUGCACCCAACAUUAUUUGGGGGGUGCAGGUUGCACAUGCGUGACAUCACUUUGGCAGGUUCCUUUGAGAUUGUCAGCAAUCAAAGAGACGGGUUAGUGCGAAUGCCCCCUUAACAUUCAACGGGCAGGGCACCCUGCCCACAGAUACUGAGUGGGCCUCCUGGAGUUGGCACAACUGCCUAGGUGAAUUUCUCUCUGGGUAUGGGCAGAAUGCAGGUGAGAUAGCCAUUUUAGGAGGCCGAUGCUGUGAGGUUGGAGGCACAACCUGGGACCUAUCCUGCGAUGCAGCUCCUGGAAUGACACUGCCUCAUUGCCAGAAUUGAAGUAAGGCGCAACUUACAGUGGUACCUCUGGUUACGUACUUAAUUCGUUCUGGAGGUCUGUUCUUAACCUGAAACUGUUCUUUACCUGAGGUACCACUUUAGUUAUGGGGCCUCCUGCUGCUGCCGCUGCACAAUUUCUGUUCCCAUCCUGAAGCAAAGUUCUUAACCCAAGGUACUAUUUCUGGGUUAGCGGAAUCUGUAACCUGAAGCGUAUGUAACCUGAGGUACCACUGUACUUCAGUCUUGCUAGUUGUUUCUGUACAUAGCAGGGGUCUUUCCCUUUGCCUCAGGCUGCAAGCCCUGGCAGGGUGCCCCUCCUUUGGAAGUUUUCUACAGCUCCGCAGUUCAUCUUGGGAAGGUAGAGAGUCCCAGGUUCAGUCUCAUACUAAAUAGGAUCUAGUUUGCACAUGGUUAACCAAGCUAUGGUUUAUUGAGCCUGCACAAGUGUGCUGUCAGAAAGGAACUCAGACCCACUUUGCUUCUCCCUGGUUCUCUUAGUUCAGUGCAGUGUGCUGCUAAACCAAGGUUUGGCUUGUCAUGUCAUCUAAACCCAGGCUCACAGUUAAGCUCUCUUCUUAACCUCAAAGUUGUAUCAAGAGUCUGGGUUUGGACAAUGUGUUAAGCCAAACAUAAGUUUAGGUGUGACAUGCACCUCACUGACCUGAAGACUGGGAGGGGAGCAAGGCAGCUGUGAUCUCCUCCAUGGGAGCCCACACAUUCAUCCUAAGCCCAUAGCAUUACAUGUGAAUGCAUUCUAUACCAUCUAGCCCAGUAUUGUUUGCUGUGACUGGUAGCUACCCUCCAGCCCAGGCAUAGUCAAACUCCGACCCUCCAGAUGUUUGGGACUACAAUUCCUAUCAUCUGUGACCACUGGUCCUGUUAGCUAGGGAUGAUGGGAAUUGUAGUCCCAAACAUCUGGAGGGCCGGAGUUUGCCUAUGCCUGCUGCAGCCUCUCAGACAUGGGAGAAGGUUUAUUCCCACCGCCCGACCCUUUUUAACCUGUGGUGUAGGAAGCUGAAAGUGGGACCUUUUGUUUGUAAAGCUGUAUUUGCUGUUGAGGUGAGGUUUCCCCCCAUAUAGUAUGUUGAAAGGAACCAGUGCUAUUUUUCUAGAAAAAGAGGUGCUGGAACUCACAAUGAACACCUCCCUUCUCUAAUAAUAGCAGUGGCACCCACCUGAGAGAUGCCUGAGUUCCUGAGGUGCUGGAACUGAGUUUCUGUGAGUCCUGACUGACAGAAAGCCAUACAAAGAACAUAUGAAGCAAGUAGUCUUAGGCACAGUCACACCCGUUGUCCAUCUAUAGUCCUGGGCAAUUUCAUCUGACAGAGAUCUAUAAACUAUGCCCCUGUAGCUAAAAGCAGAAGAGCAUGUAUGUAUGUAUGUGUUCUGCAACAUAAUUGUAGCCAGCCAGCCCCUGACAUGAUGACUCCGAAUGUUGCUGCCACUUGGAGGAGCUAAUAGCAGGUAGUGGUCCAACAGGCUGACUCCGUCUAAGGCAAGCAAUGAGAGAGCCAGCGUGGUGUAGUGGUUAAGAGCGGUGGACUUGUAAUCUGGUGAACCGGGUUCACAUCCCUGCUCCUCCACAUGCAGCUGCUGGGUGACCUUGAGCUAGUCACACUUCUCUGAAAUCUCUCACCCUCACUCACCUCACAGAGUGUUUGUUGUGGGGGAGGAAAGGAAAAGGAGAUUGUUAGCAGCUUUGAGACUCCUUAGGGUAGUAAUAAAGCGGGAUAUCAAAUCCAAACUCUUCUUCUUCUAUAAGUUCUGUGGAGGCGCAGGGAUGGACUUUGGUAAUCUUUCAUAAUGUGGCACCCUGUGCAAGGCCAACAUUUGGCACCCCAAAUGGAUCUUCUCAAUUAUGGAUUGCCUCAUUUUUUUGCUCCCUUGGUUUGGUGCACUGUUGUGGGGAGCCACCUGUACCACCCUAAAUCUGGUGCUGGGAGGUGUGAAAUGACACCAUUACUGUUUUCUCACCUCUCCUUCUGUUUUAGAAGCCAUAACUCAGCUUUUGAUUCCAUGCAGUGAUUACAGAAGGUUCCAGGUUGACCUCCCAUUAAAAUAAUAAUAAUAAAAAAUUUUAUUUAUAUCCCGCCCUCCCCAGCUGAAGCCGGGCUCUGCAAAGAAUUUUGUCUGCUUCCUUAAUACCCAAGACAAUGACAGCCAGUUAGAAUAUGCUAACAGUAUUUUUUAAAAAAUAAUUUUUAUUAAAUUUCCAAUUGACAAACCAAUCAUAUCACAUUAAUUCCAAAUUAUACCAAUACAUAAUAAACUCCAAAUAUUUAGCUGAAUUUUAAAUUUUUGUUGAAUAUGCUGACAGUAUUAUUCUUGCUAGGUGGCUGUCUAGGUACAGAAGGAAGCUAACAUUUAUUUUAUAUUCUGCUGUUUAGACCCGAGAGGCUUUACAAGUAGCUUACAAAGUGUUCUCAAAAUAAAGUAAUCUAGUAUGACUAUUUUGGGGACAAGAGAGUAGCUAGUUUUGAGAAGGGCUGUGAAUUCCUUUGGCCAAAGAUCCUGAAAGGAGUGGUAAACUGGGAGCAAAUGAUAAGCUCCUCAUUUGGGAAGGGUUUUUUCAUGUUAUCUCCAAUUUGAUCAACUACUAUUAGAUUAACUUGGGUUGGUCUAAAAAGGGUUUAUUAUCCUAGUGGUAAAAAUCACAUGUUUUGCUGGGGAUUUGGCAGUAGAAUUCCAGCAGGGAGAAAUUUCAUUUUUGUGCUGUUUGUGCAAGCCUCACACAAACAGUUUCUUUGCACCUACACUUUCUCAUUAAGUAAAACAUGAACUAUUGAACAUUGGCUUCCUGUUGGGCUAUUGUUUUCAAGAAUAAUGUAUUUGUUACCUGCCGAGUUAGGGGGGUAGUGUUGCACAAAACGUUGCAGGUGUAGUAUAGUAGGAAAACACAUACUAAACCCACGGAACCUACUGACUUUUAGUCCCCUGGCUAGUGCAUGGGGCAAGAGUGUGCAAAUUCCUUUCACCUCUGUAUAUCUAUUUGCAAGGUGCUGGAAACCUAAAUCAAGCUUGUUUCUCAGACAGCACUGUUCAGAACACAGAGAACCGUUGCCAAACAACAUUGUUACAAACAAUGUGAUUCAAAAUGUGAUAUAUUCCAUCUUGGAAACCAAGUUAUUUGCCAAACAAAUCUCAUUCUGGAAAUGCAUGCAGCAUCUUACAGAAAUGGAAAUACCGUAUUUUUCGCUCUAUAAGACGCACCAGACCAUAAGACGCACUUAGUUUUUGGAGAAGGAAAACAAGGAAAAAAAAUAUUCUUAAUCUCAGAAGCCAGAACAGCAUGAGGGAUUGCUGUGCAGUGAAAGCAGCAAUCCCUCUUGCUGUUCUGGCUUCUGGGAUAGCUGCGCAGCCUGCAUUCGCUCCAUAAGACGCACACACAUUUCCCCUUACUUUUUAGGAGGGAAAAAGUGAGUCUUAUAGAGCAAAAAAUACGGUAAUUAUGGUCUCCAUAUACAGUAAAGGAAUGUGUACAUAUGGCAUCCUUUUAUGUUGAACAUUAACUUCUCCAUUUUGAAAGUUUCCAUGGAAGAGAGAAUUACUUUGUCAACUAAUGCAUCUUCUUUAACCUUACUGCUGCCUGAAACAUUCCAUUUGCAAUCUGUGUCCUCGCUAUUCUUCUCAGCGUUGUUAAUGUAGCUUUGAACAGUAGUUCAAACGUACAUUAACAGCUCUGAGAAGCAUAGCAGUUCAGCAGCUCAGAUAAUUUCAUCUGUAGCCCAGCAUUCAGAAUCUUAAGUGAUGCUGGGAUUUGUUUCCACCAAGAGACCCAAUGAAAUUCAAGUCUUCCUGAAAGACAGUCCUAUGCAUAUGUUGCCGUAAUAUCACUUGCACAGUGACCUAGCCACACACUCUAUUCCAGUCUGGUAAGGCUCUUUGGGUCUCAUUCUGUACCAGGUGUUGAUGCAGACUAUAUAUAAAUUGCUGAAAGUUGCACAUCAGAAUGAUUUCGUGAGCUUCUGCAUUUGAGGAGACAUUUAUGUUUCUUUGCAAUCACAUAAAAAAGCAACAAACAGGUAUGCAGUGCUAAUGCUGCUGACCACUUGCAGUAUGCUUACAUAGUUCUAUAUAAAUGAGUAACCUCUGUCGACUGAAACAUAAACACCAAGGGACUUAUUUUGGAGCCUAAACUUGUGAGGUGCUUCAAUAUCAAGGACAACUAAAUACUAAUACUGCUUUUCUGAAGUAUAUAGAACUCUUAAGUUGUGGUAGUAAAAACAAUCCAUGGAAAGAGAAGUCAUCAAAAGAAUAAUAUCUUCUGCAGCUUUUCCUAGAUGUAGGAAUUUGGAAGCAGCAGAGAAAUGUGUCUCUCUCACUUGGGGAGUUGACCUUUGUACUUCUUGGUGAUUUUUAAUAUGGUUUCCAAUAGUUGAUAGGCAGGCUUAUUUCUACAUGUAACAAAAAUAUCUGGCUCUUGUACAUCUACAGUGCAAAUUUGGAUAUUUAACUCUUACAAACUUUUAUUGUCUUUUAAGUACUGUGGAAAAACAAUUGAGCUUAAAUUCUCUUCUCUCACAGGUGAAACUGCCACCAAUGAUGGAAAUCAUAACUGCUGAGCAGUUGAUGGAAUACUUAGGUUAGUACUAAUAACACUGCAUGUGUAAUUUGUAUUGAGAAAAAUGGUUAAUUCCUAAGCAAGGAUUGUUUAGAAUCUGGCAGGAUAGCCUGCUUGGCAGUAGUUGAACGUUUAAAUUAGCCUUGAGCCUGUUGUUAACUUUAAAAUAUCAUGGGUGUAGUCAGCUUGUGGGUUGGAGAAGCCUGGCCAUGCUAGAGUGAGAUGAUCCUUGGACACUGAGGGACUCCUCUAGAAGCUAUACAUAGCUUCUAAUUAUUGGGGCCCUAACUAGCUCUUGUCUACCUAGCAGUUCGAAAGCACGUCAAAGUGCAAGUAGAUAAAUAGGUACUGCUCCGGCGGGAAGGUAAACGGUGUUUCCGUGCACUGCUCUGGUUCUCCAGAAGCGGCUUAGUCAUGCUGGCCACAUGUACGCCGGCUCCCUCGGCCAAUAAAGCAAGAUGAGCACCACAACCCCAGAGUCAGUCAUGACUGGACCUAAUGGUCAGGGGUUCCUUUACCUUAUACUAACUAGCUCACCUUUGCCUACUAAGGACUAUUAUUUCUCUCCCCUCCCACUGGCCCUUCACUUUGGAUCUUGGCACAUGGUUGGGAAACAAGGGCCUGGGGAUUUGUACCCUAUCCUUCUCACUGAUUUGGUUAGUUUGGAUGAUGUAAGACUGCAAAUGUUAUUUCUGUUCUUGCAUUUUGUCUCUUUAAAUUUGAAAAGGAAAAUAUCUCCAACACUUACUACAAUUGGCAUGAUUUCUAUAGGAAAUCAGAUUUUUCUUUAGUUAAAAUGGAACUGAGUAGGCUAGAAGCAGCAUUCACAGUCCAGCAGUCCUGAAAUGUAUUGGUUCAUUCUGCAGAGGGAGUUCAGCGGCUCCACUUUAAUUUCAUAGAAUGGAUUUGCAGGGGCCAUGACUCAUUCUGCCCUUAAAUACUUCAGAAUACUAUAGACUUGUUUGGUUGUCUCUCCAGGGAAUAAUUUAACAGCUAAAAAUUGAGGGAUGCUACUCAGUAAUAUAGGAUACACUGAUUGAUAUAUACUGUAGGAAUAUUAUAGCAAGGGGCAGGGAACCUUUUCUGCUCCCUUUAAUGGGAUGGGAGUGGGAAUUCCUUUUGGGCUGCAUGCUAGCCAUGGGCUGGUCCAGAGCCAAAAGAAAGUGGGGCCACCCAUUCUCUCCUGGCUUAUGUGGUGAAUGUGGAGGAAAAGAAGUGGAAGGAAGAAGUGAGCUGCCAGAAAAGGGGAAGAUCAGUCACUUCUUUCAAGUAGCUCACUGUAUUUCUGUACUGGAGGAGGAAGAGAGGUGUCUUCUUUGCUGCCCUGCAAGGCAGCACAGUGGGCUUUGGGGGGGUCUGAGGAGGAGAGACUAAAAGCAGGAAGGGAAUGCACCAUGGGCCAGAUGUUUUGGCAGCUCUCCACACUUGUUACAGAAGAAGUAAUCUAUUGGUUGCUCUUUAGGUAGUAUUUAUUUUUGUGGUUGCUAAUUGGUGAUAAAAGGUUGAUACGCUGGAAGCAAAAUCUUGAAUGCGCAAUUUAAAAUAUUUUAUGUUACUGAAGAAUAUAACAGUUUGAAGUGUUAAAAUAGAUGUUAAAGCUGAUAUAAACAAGAAGAAGCCACUCAAAGUUGAGUGGGGAAUGUAAAGCUCAGGCAAGCAUGAUUCAGGGAGAAUGACUCUCUUGCCAAAGCUUAAUCCAGGCUUCACCAACCUGGUUCAGUCCCAAACAUCUGGAGGGCAACUCUCAUCAGCUGCAGCCAGCAGAGCCAUGUUGAGGUUGGGUGGGGCUGAUGGGAGUUAUAGUGCAAAACAUCUAGAGGGCUCCAGGCUAAUGAAGGUUAGCUUGAAUCUUAAUGUUUUUCCCACUUCAUUUCUCUCUCUCUGUUUGAGUUAAUCAUAGAACCAUAGAACUGUAGAGUUGAAAGGUACACUGAGGAUCAUCUAGUCCAUUCCCCCCCCAAAGCAGGAAUAUCAACUAGAGCAGGCACCACCAACCUUCGGCCCUCCAUAUGUUUUGGACUACAAUUCCCAUCAUCCCUGACCACUGGCCCUGUUAGCUAGGGAUCAUGGAAGUUGUAGGCCAAAACAUCUGGAGGGCCGAAGGUUGGAGAUGCCUGAAUUAGAGCAUCCAUGACAGAUGGCCACCCAAGCUUUGCUUAAAAAGUCUCCGCUGAACAAGAGUCUGCCACCUUCUGAGGGAGUCCAUUCCACUGUCAAAACAGCUCUACUUGUCAGAAAGGUAUUCCUGAUGUUUAACUUGAAUCUCUUUUCUUGUAACUUGAAGCCAUUGGUUCUGGCAGCCUUUAAGAUAUUUGAAGGUGGCUAUAUUCACUCCUCUCAGUCUCCUCUUACGCAGCUCCCUGCAGCAGUCCUCAGAAGGUUUGGUUUCCAGACCCUUUAUCGUAUUGGCCACCCUCCUCUGCACACAUUCCAGCUUGUCAAUAUCCUUCUUAAAUUGUGUUGCCCAGAACUGGACACAGUACUCCAGAUGUGAUCUGAUCAAGGCAGAAAUAAUCACUUUUGCACACCUUUGGAGGACAAGUAUUGGACACUCUUCUUGUAUCUAACCACACCAUUUAAUAACAAAAGGCUCAACAUUCUAGUUACCAGAAUGAAUCAAAAGUUGAAAUUGGCAGGUCAAAGUACAGGUUUUUAGAAAAACUAAUUUUAUUGCAACAGAUUAUUCAGCAUAUAAAUACACUCCUUGAUUUGUCUCAUAAAUUCCAGCUUUGUCUUUCAGGGCAUACCUGAAAGGAAGCUGACUCAUGCUAGUAAGCAGCAGCUUUCUAAUUUUGGGUAUUUGCUUGCAUCUUUACAGCCUCUCACAACUAAUCUCCUCUAAUUGAUAGUUUUUCCCCCCUGUGAAAGAACCAAUAAAGCUUUAACAAGAUUAGAUUGCUUUUGAUUAUAAAGUUCCAGCUUUCAAAUUAGAAUCUUUUGUUUUCUUAUAGGGGACUAUAUCCUUGAUGCAAAACCAAAAGAAAUAUCUGAAAUUCAGCGCUUAAACUAUGAGCAGGUAAUAAAUAACAAGCUCUUCUUAAGAGUAAGUGGCAUUUUCUAGUAGUGAAUUAAACCACUUAAUCUCUCUCCCCCUCCCCAUUCAUAUUGUAAAGUUAAAGCAUCUGUUUAAUCAUAUUAAAAGCAAGAGUAAAUCAAUGGAAGACAGACUGCUACAUUAAAGAAAGAAUUAUGCGUUACAUAUAGCAACAUGAGCUACACUCUUUAUCUUGUUUGUGAGAUGAAAUUAUUUAGUGAAUUAACCUACAGUUCUUCUUUCUGCUAAAGUCUAGUUAACAAAUGAUAGGAUGGCUUAAUUUUUCUCUGUAAUAAGUUUGUUUUCCAUUACUUUCAUAGAGUUUUUAAGUAAUAAAAAACUUGAAGGGAGUAAAUUACCAAUAAGAAAUUUGCAGUGAGUUGAGAAUUUCCUGAUUCUCCUGAAAAACCUGAAGCAGUUAAUUUUUUAAUGAUGGGCAUUUGCUAACCCUUGGUAGAUUUCAAUAUGAAUCAGUAAAAUGUGUUAAAUGUUAUUUAUUUGUUAAAAGCUCGUGGAUAUUAUUGCUCUCAGAAACUAUGGUUAUAAGAUUUGGACACUUUAUGUCCUUUGGCAAUGUUUUAACAUAUUGGUAAAUGAGGUUAUAAUCUGAUUAUUGGUCAAGUCUCAUCCUACUGUAAAUGAUAAUUUUUUAUACUUUCUACUGUCUUCAUACAGCAUUAAGAACUCAACAGCUUCAGAUUUUUUCUGUAAUCUGCUUUUAAAAUACUGUUAUUAAUACUGGUAUUGUGUGUUGACUGAUGCAAACAGUUAAGUUUUCCUUUUUUUGGCAGAAUAUGAGUGAUGCAAUGGCAAUCUUGCAUAAGCUUCAGACAGGUCUUGAUGUGAAUGUGAGGUUCACUGGUGUACGAGUGUUUGAGUACACACCUGAAUGCAUAGUGUUUGACCUUCUUGAUAUUCCAUUAUACCAUGGAUGGCUAGUAGAUCCCCAGGUAAGCAAGGAGAGGGGAUGUGUUAAUCCUAUGGGUGUGGUUUAUGGAAUUUGUCCCCAGCUCAGAGGAUGGCCUGUAAAACAAGUUCAUAUAAGAACUUAAGUGAACAUUUAAAAGCUACAACGGAUAAACACAAAGAUAAAUAUAGUAACUAACUUUUUUACAGAUCCUAAACACCACUAAAAGUGCAUCAGUACAGCUGCCUUCUUGUAACUAAGAAAUAGCAUGGAAGGUCCAAAAUGUGGCUUUGAGGAAUUGCAGAGUGUGGGUGCCACCACAGCAAAAACCUUUCCAGUAGUCACCCAGCUCCCUUCCUAAAAAAGAAUCAUGCAAAGAAUGAUACUGGUGGAUGGGCAGUUGCGUAUUGUUUUAGUCAUCAUUGUGUACUGGAAAAUACAACGUUAUAUCAUUCCACCUGUGUGUGCCAUCACAGUAGUGUGUUUUUAACUAUUGGCAGCAUUAACUUGUCUUUUUCAUAAUAGACACAAAAUAUCAGUCAAGCUUGGUGUACCUUUUCUCUCCCCCACAGACUGCUGACAUUGUGAAAGCAGUUGGUAACUGCAGCUACAAUCAGCUGGUGGAGAAAAUAAUUUGUUGUAAGCAGUCAGACAACACUAAGCUAGUUGAUGAAGGUGGGUGAAUUGCUUAAGAAUGUUAGAAAAACACUAUUUGAUCAUAUCAAAUGUCCAACUAAUCCAACAUCCUUUUUUCAAACAUGGACCAGUCAGAAGCAUUAAGACAAUGCUGUCAUUCUUCAGCAACUGGUAGCUGACAUGAAUAGAAUCCAUAAGAACUUAAGGACCCUGCUGGGGCAGACUAAAGGCCCAUCCAACCAAGCAUCCUGUUUCCCAUAGUAACUAACUGAAUGUCUCUGGGAGGCCCACAAGCAGAGCAUGAAGGCAAUGGCCCCACCCGCUUGUUUAGCAGCUUCCACAGUUAUAAAGCCAUCUUGGUCACAUGCAUGAAUGAGGCGUAUUGGGGGGAAAUCUCUGAUUUUAAGCAUAGACCUAUUGAGUAGAAUUCAACUAAGUCCUGCUCAGAGUAGACCCACUGAGAUUAAUGAACAGUUAAUGUCCAGUAACUUAAAUGGGUGUGCUCUGAGUCGGACUAGUAUUGAAUAGUCUGUGACUGCAAUCCAGGGGCCACUUAACCUAGAAGCAAGCCUGUAACUCUGCUUCACAAUUAACCUCUUCAUCUCAUUUGAGUCUAGCAGGCUUUGUAGUAAUUGAAUUCCUUUUUAUUUUAUCAGCAAACCAUCCUUAACUCAGCUGUUUUACACUGAAAUUGUCUUGUCCUCCAUGCGGUUCUAAGCUGACACUCUCCAAUUUUCAGAUAAAUGUCAUGCUUAGCUGGGUACUACAGUACAGCAGGUUUAGGCCCCAAAUAUCUGAAAUAUGCCUCCUUAAUACCCAAGAGUCUGUACUGAAGAUAAACAGGGAGGUUCCUCUUGGUAUUUCCACUACCCUUCAUAAUUUUUGUGUGUGUGUGUGGCCUGGGAGAGGGUCUUUUCUGUGGCAGUUUAUAAGAGGUGUCUCUGGCAUUGUAUAGUUUUAGCCAUAUGCUGAAGAAGCACCUUUUUACACAGGCCUUUGUGUGUGUGUGUGUGUGUGUGUGUGUGUGUGUGUGUGUGUAUCUACCCUAUUUUCUUGACUGUAAUUGUUUUAAACUGAUUUUAAUAUUGCAUUUUUAAAUUUCAGUAACCCACCUUUCUUCGCAGGUUCCAUAGCAGAACAGUUCCUAAACAACACAGCCACUCAGUUGACCUACCAUGGGUUAUGUGAGUUGACUUCCACUGUUCAAGAAGGAGAACUAUGUGUGUUCUUUAGAAACAACCACUUUAGCACCAUGACCAAACAUAAGGUAUAUGGCUGUGAACAGUUUCUGUAUUUUAUCUGAGCUUGUUAACUAAUGAAGCUCAUGAGUUUGUGGCCUGCUCCUAGUUGAUGUGCAUUUGCCUCUAAAGUGUCAUGUGGCUGCUUUGCCCGAGAACAGGGAUAAGGAACCAGUGGCCUUCAAUAUGUUAACUACUAGUCCCAUUGUCCCAUGUCACUGACUAUGCUGGCAUCCCCGAUCUUUUCCUAUUGAGGAAUGUGUGUUGGCUUCUAAACGUGUUUCCUUUGGCAUAUUUUCAAACUCCACAUACAUGUAUGCUCAAGUAGUUCAGUUUUAAUUCUUCUCUCUAGGGUUGUAGCUGUGACAUGAUGAUCACCCUUCUUUUACUAGAAUCCUGUGUAUCAAAAUGUACAGCCAAUGAAUUAAGUUGAUAUCCACAUCUGCACACUGUUAUGCCAUUAGAUAGUGCUAUGUCUCCUUGAAUCUCUGCUGGGUACAUUCAGAGACUAUAGUGUGGGGAACCUGCAGCCCUCCAGUUGUUAGACUAUACAGCUCCCAUCAUCCCUGGCCAUUGGCCAUGCUGAUGGGAGUUGGAAUCCAACAACUUAUGGCAAGCUGCGCUUCUGGAGGAAGUAUAAUAAUGCAUGAAAUAGUCGCAGAUGUGAAAUUUUAGCUGAUAGCUAUAAACUGAUGAUUGACCAUGGAAAGUUGCAUAACUGUGCAGCAAGGUUGCAGACUCCACAAGUAUGGCUCCUAAAGCUAAAAAUACUCAGGAGAUGGUCACUAACUUCAUCCCAAACAAUGGACAUGGUAUUAGCAGGAAUCAGCGCUCCCUCCCCCAUCCAAAUUAGUUUCCAACAACACAUGUGUAAAAGAAUUUCCUUUUCGUUUAGGGCCAGCUUUAUCUCCUGGUGACAGAUCAGGGUUUCCUUACAGAAGACAAAGUUGUUUGGGAAAGCUUACACAAUGUAGAUGGGGAUGGAAACUUCUGUGAUUCUGAAUUCCAUCUACGACCUCCAUCUGAUCCAGAAACAGUAUACAGAGGACAGCAAGAUCAGAUAGACCAGGUAGAUUUGCUUUGCCUUUUCAGUACUUGGGAUGGAUGCAAUUUCCCCACUAGCACUGUAUGUAAAUCAUGCCUUGUGUCAGCCUCCUUUUCCCUCUUGAUUCUCUGAAAGCAGAAUAAACUAGGCAGAACUCAAUGUCUGCUUCAAUUAUGUAGUCAUGUAGCAUAACAUUACGUUUCUUAAGAACCUCAGUAGAGUCAUGCUGAAUCAGACAGAAAGCCCUUCCUCUUCCAGUAUCCUGUUCCCCACAACAGUGAACCCGAUGCCCCCGGGAAGCCCAUGAAGAGCGCAACAGCCCUCUGCACUGCUGUCUUCCAACAUUUGGUGAUACCCAGAAGCAUGCAGUAACAUUUAGCCAUUGAGAACCCUAUCCAUGACUUUGUCUAAUGCCCUUUUAAAGACAUCUAUAAGGACACUGGAUUAUUUGAAAUAUCAUUCUCCGUCCUUGAGAUCUUGAGGGCAGGCAGGAAGUAUCUGAGGGAUGCCUUUUGUCCAUGAUAUCUGGAAGCAUGAGUUGAGGAUGGACAAAAAGCCUGCUAGAUUCUGUACACUGAAAGCUGCUGAGUGAUCCAGCAGUUACAACUUGUAACCAAGUCAGGGCUGCAUGGUGCCCAGCAAUUUUUUACCCAGUUCAUUGUGGAAGGAGGCUUCACACAUCAGCUUUCAUGCAGCUGCUGAAAGUGAUAUUUCUUUUGUUUAUGGAGGAAAGCUGAAAAUUUGGAUGGUGGAUACAAUCUCACUGGUUGAUUGUAUUGUGCCAACUAAAGCAGUGUUCACCAUGGAUUUACAUAAUAGGAUUAUCUGAUGGCAUUAUCCUUGCAACAAGAGCAGCAAAGCCAAGACAUUAAUUGGGAGCAGAUACCAGAAGGAAUCAGUGACCUUGAACUUGCCAAGAAACUUCAGGAAGAGGAGGACAGACGGGCUUCUCAGUACUAUCAGGAGCAGGAGCAAGCUGCCGCUGCCACCGCUGCUGCUCAGGUUCAGGUACGGAAGUUUGGCUCCUGGUGGCCCUUGUAUUCUGCCAGCAACUUUCCUCAUAGUCCUGUCUUCUGCAUGCUUACAUGGAAGCUUUUCCUGUUGAGUUGGUUGAGGCUGUAGCUCAGCGACAGAGCUGGGAAAGUAGUGCUGGGAAAGACUUCUGUCUGAAACCCCGGAGAGCCCCUGCCAGUUGUUGUAGACAAUACUGAGUUCACUGGACCAGAGAUCUGACUUUAACUGUUAACAGUUCUGGAAGUGUAAUGCUGAAAGGCGAGGUAUAAAUUUAUCCAAAGAAUUCUGUAGCUGGACAGCUGAUGUGAAGUAUGGCUCCAUCUGGGGCAGAAGUCCUUAGAACAUACAUUAGGGUCUGCUUUGAGAGGCCUUCCUGAGGACUUCAGGGACCAGGCCUGCCUGCCAUUGUUUGGCAUAAAUGUGAGUUGCUAGAGCCUGUAUCCCCAAGGCCCAUUUGCAAUUUUCUCCAGCAAAUGCACACAUCGCAAAUCAGUGGACACUCAGGGGUUGUUUUCUCCCUUGGGAGUAAAUGGGGCCCAAUGGAAUGUGCCGCGGUAGCAGCAGCAGCAGGCUCUGUUGUGCCUUCCCAUUGCAGUGGCGAGCUCCACUGGAGACCAUCGCAGUGGUGGGAGGGCCCAACAGAGAGUGCAUUGCAGCCACAGCAAGCCCUGUUGGGCACGACAGGCCUCCUCCCACGGUGUGACAUUGCACGUUCCGGGCUUCCACAAUGUUGGGGGGAGCCUGGCAUGCCUGCAUAGGCCUGAAGCAGUGACCCUGGUAAAAUGAUCAGCCAUGUUGGCUGCUGGCAAUGAGUAGUUUUCAAUAAAAAUAAAUCAAUCCUUAAUUACAUCAAAAAUAAUUGACAAUAUGUAAAAAUCAGGUGGUAGCUGUAGGUUUCACACCCUGAAAAACAUACAUGAUUACUGAACAAAUGCGGAACACACAGUGCAAAAUCUGUAAAUAAUGCGAGGGAAAUUUUUAUUUUUUAGAUUUCACUUAUGGAUGAAAUUGUUUCUUAGAGGCUGAGGAUUGGUCUGUCUUCUGCAUGUUAUACACCAAUAUAUUCCUAAUUUAGCCUGCUAUCUGACACUGAUCACAUAUCUAUUGAGGUAACCUAAUGUAAACUAAUGCUUCCCCUCCCUUUUCAUCUAUUGGCAUAUUUUCUUUCAAUGACAUGGACUUUAACAUGGGGUGUUUGGUACCAUCUUGGGGGAUUAAGGUACUAUUUUUUAUAGUUAGUGUCAAGCACUGGACUCCUAAAACCCCGGGAACCAGCCCUUGUUGGUUUAGCAGGUGCCAAGCAACCACAGUUGAAAAACCAACCCUGCAAGGUAGUGCAGCUGCCACCAUGACACUGGUCCAACUAGGCUGAACCAGGAAACUCCCAUAACAUUACCAGAUAUCGCAUGACAUACACUGGGACAAGAGCAAAAAACCAGACUGUCUGUUCUGUACCUCUGGUCCACAAAAAUUGUUCAGUAGCUAUGAAAACUGGAUUCAGUAAUAAGGCUUCCAAAAAAGCUACAUCACGGUUGAAAUGGUAGAUUUAUUAAAGUACCGGUAAUUAAAAAUAAUAGCAUAAAAUCAAACCUGCAUAUUCUGAAAAUACAAUUAGAAAAUACAGUUAAGAGUACAUUUGGGAAUUACAAAACAGAACAAAAACAGCAAAGCUCACUUGUCCAGCUGCAUACAAACUGCUAAGAGCCAUUUAUCCCACAGAAACUCAGCAAAUAGCUCACAGGUGUGGCAGUGGUGCUGCGAACAAAGAUGUGAGGCAACAGACAAAAGAGUAAAGGCAACUUCAUGAAAUGGAUCUAGAUAAUCUGCUUCAUGAAGGCCUGCCUGAAGCUGACAAGCCACCUUUCCUAGGAAUGGAACACAAAGUUGUUAGGCUAUCUUUCUUUGUUUUUAUGGUGGCACAAGAAUCACUUUCUUUGCAACAAGUUCACACGGAGUGAAUUCUGAAGUGAGUGGUGGGCCUCCAUCUUCCAGAAAAGGAAAUGUGAAAAUUCCUAAUGGGGUGGGGAGUAGUUGGGGACAGUAUACUACACUCCCUUGUCCCCCCUCCAAUGAUGAACUUGGCUGGCUGGUCACCAUUUGAUGUUCAGCAGUGCUUGGCCCAGUGUGGACAGUAUCUCUUAGUUGGCCUUAAUGAGUGUUUCUAAGCAUAAAUGAUGCCUGGCUGAUCUGUUCUGAGCCUUUCUUUGCCUGAGCAGUGGAUGAAAAUACUUCAAAUAAAUAAGCUGCCUUUCCCCCUCCCCUUUCCUAUUGAUAGCAAGUGCAAGGAGCUGCGUCUCCAUCAACUGGAAGACAAUCUGGGAGUAGUGAGCGGAAAAGAAAAGAACCUCGGGAGAAAGAAAAAGAGCGAGAGAAAGAGAAGAACAGCUGUGCCAUUCUAUAACAGGAGGGGGACUCUACCUGGACCCAAGCACAUAUCCUUGAAACACAAACAAGGAAUUCUAAGGACUCCAAGCUCCACAUGCCGCCUGUGCCUGAUAGCCCCACAGAGGAUGGUGCCCCCAAGACCAUUGAAGUCAUGCACACUCUCUUUCAGAGGGAUUUGAAUGAGGCUGCCUCUGCCUUCAAUGCAUUGUGAGAAAAUAACCACCUUUGUGGAGGGGGAGUCCACACUGCCACAGGUUUUGACCUGUUGGAACAUAACUAACUCAAAAUAUUUCUUAGUAAAUCUGCUUGUCUCUGUGAUGAAAGGAGUUAAGUGGUUCUCAUAUUGGGCUUCUGCCAGAGGUCUGUACAUCAGUUGCCACAAGAGGACCAUUUAUGGUGUGAAAGCAAUCUUUCAGGCUUCUGGGCAUCUCGCAGCCUGUAGCUCACCUGUUUUAUUGGCUUUUGGGUAGGUGUCCCCUGAGCUGUCUUCAACCUAGGUGAGACCUGGGUCUGAAAAGUAUUGGUUAAGAUUACUCAGAAAUGGCAAGAGAAAUGGAGGCUUGUACCAUAUUUGAGUCAAGCUCACCAUUGUACUUGGCCCUUUUCUGUUCAAUACAGAUGAGUGAGACCAGAGCUGUUCUAUUAUUUAUUGAUCUCCUCUAUGCAGGAGUAGGUGACUGGAAGGAAAAGCUGAUGUGCUGUAAUCUGUGGAAUUAAAAUUGCUUGAUACUUGCCUCGCCCCCCCCCCUCACCCAAAGUACCUUGGAUGAGUAAUAUGAGGAUGUGUGUGAUUAUAUGCCUUAUCAAGUGAACUGUAGGUAGAUAAUCUGUAUUAUGUGCAUGCAGCUCUAAAGCACACUUCCACAGAGUAUGAAAAUUGUUCCACUAUGCUCUGGGGCUGUGGUCCUAACUGCAUAUGCAAACGAAUCUCCUGGAUUUUGGUGGGACUUACAAGGCAGUUAUGGAGGGAAGGAGCAUUGAAUAUUUGGAAAAGAUACUUGGCUGUAAACACUUAAAGUAGAACUUUGGGGAAUCACAUUUUAUAGAGGACAGCAUACAAAUGAACAUGCUACUUCUCAUAGUACUGAUAGUAUUGAAUGUUACUGUCAGAGGGAGGAAAUUCCAGGCCAUCCUCACCAGGAAGGCGUUGGCCUUCAUCCUUUUGAUAACUUUAUAUGUCAGUCCGUAGAGGCUACUUGCUACAAUCACAAAGCCUGGAUAAUUGCAUCUAUAGACAAACCUCAUCCCUGCCUAACAUUCAGUGUGGCAAUCUUUCUACUGAGGUGGUUGGUAACAAGGUGCCAUUGAAAUGGGAGGGUUGGAUGCUUACCCCCCUGAAGUUCCUUUAGGAGCAGAGAGUCCAGUCUAAUAAUUAGAUACCCUGUUUCUAACUUCCAUUUUGCAGCAGCACCAAAAUACCUUAAGUCUCAGAUGAGGGGGAGGCCGUGCCCUGAAGUUAGUUCUAGCCAAAGUCAUUUCCAUGAGAGAUGCCUACUGCUUGACAGGGUGUGUGUAUUUGUCCCCUUUAAAUUAAGUCUAACAUAUUGGCCUUCAACCAUUGGUCUGAAAGGUAAACAUUUCUGGCAAAUUUGCGAACAAACAGAAUGGCUUUAUUCAGAACUGAAUUUACCCUUGUAUUGCAUAACAUUUUAAAGAGUAUCUCUUCUUGUACUACUUCAGAGUAUCUUAUUUCAGAUAUGCACAUUACCCUAACCCUCUGUUAGACAAUAGUGCCAUCUUACAUUAUGGAUGAGAUUUUAACACAUACGUUAGCACAAAGCUGUAUCAAGGCUUUUCUUUUUGCAGAAACAAUGCGAAGGUGUUUACAUUAAGUGUACGUUUGUUCCAUUUCCAGUCUGUUUUUACAUUGGCAAUUGCAAUAGUCAGUCAUAGUGAAAGAAAUGCCUGAUGCUCCUAUUCAUUGUUCCCUCUUCAUUUACAGUAGGGUAUGACUCUCUUGCUUUUAUCUGAAUAUCAAGGAAGUUAGAUUUCUAUGAUGUGGCUGGUGUUGUGGAGUCAGAAAGCUCCAGAUGGAGGGCCUGCUGUGUGCAAUGAGCUAUGACUUCCUCCCAUUAGGCAAGAGGAGGGCUAGCUCUGAGGUCAUGCCUGGCCUUAUGUUGACAAUCUCAUACUUUGGUGCAGCAUGCAGAACCUUUUCAAGAUGCGGAUUUGCCCUAACAGGAUGAUCUUACCAUUUAGGUUGUUGGCAGACUUGUGUGGUUGGUGGUGGUGUUCUGAGAGCCUCAUAGUAGCCUCCUAGAAGCUGCGGAGAGGAAAGAUGGAGUAUCUAUGUCUUCUAGCCAUAACAACCCAAUUUUUAGCCCCAGGUCUAUUUGCUGGCAUUUGUGAGUAGCUGGUGGGGGCAUAGUAAUAGGGGCCAUGCUGUGUUGUUGGUGCUCAAGGCUGCAUACCUCUCCAUAAGGUUGCUGCCAUUGAUGGGGUUCCUGAUCAUUCCUGCAGAGACUUAGCCUAGGCUUUUAACUUGCAAGCAAAAUCAAGUUUAACACAAAAACACAUGCUUGUCAUGUACUUCCCUUCUGCUGCCUCUUAAAAACAAAACAUCACAUCACUUCCAGAAGACUUGAUUAUGUAGAGUGAAGGGUGUGGAAAGACUUAAGGCCCUUAAUGAACACAGGCUUUUGCCUUAUCAAAGCUUAAUAAUGUAGAGCAGGAGUGUAGGAUCUUUUCUUUUUUGCUGUGGCUAUGUAAUUGAUGUUAUAAAUGCAGAGAUUCAUCAAUGUCACCACUUAAAGCACUGCCAAAUACUUUUAUAAUUUUGUAAAAGGCACUUAUGUGUAAGACGUUGCUUUUGAAAAAAAUCAUGACAGUUGUCCUAAAUGGCAUCCUUUAACAAUUAGAAUGUCUUAGUUCUCUUUCACUGCAGCUGUUUCUUUUUGUUUUUGGCUUAUGGCUGUAGAGCGGGAGUGAAUGUUGUGCAACCAUUGUGGCUGGGGCCAAUCGUAUGGAUUUUUCUCUUUAUUACUGGCUGGGAAAUAGCACACAAGUUCACCUCUGCCUGCAAUGGCAGUAUUCAGAAACACAAGCUCCCACUGCGUGGGGUAGAACCACUAAAAGCUGGUUUCCCAUAUGGCUUGCUCAGUUAGUGUGUUGCGGGGGGCGGUAUCUGUCUUACUCCGUAAAUACACGUAUGUGCAACCUUCAGGCAGCAAAUACAGCAGCACUUCCUGGCUUCUGUCCAUCUUUAGAUUCCAACCCACAUAUCUCAGCCACAGGCUGGCUUCUAGUUGAUCAGAUACUUUGCAUGGAUUUACACUGUGAUCAGCAGCUAGCUGUUUUCUGUUGGAUCUUGUCAACCUACUUUGAUGUAUUGAGCUGACAACUGUUGGCAUUCUCACUGUUUUCUUUCUAAUUUUUAAAUAUAUAUAUUUAUAAUUUUUAAUAGUCUUAAAAGUGACUUCCUCAUGUAAUAAAAAUUGAUUCAACUGCUGAAAUGACUCAUGGAGUAUUUAAGCAAAGAACAAAACCCAUAGGGGGACAGUCUGGUUUGCCCUUGCUGAACUUGUACUGUAGCAUCCUGCUAAUUGUGUGUUUUAUUGCUUCAGCCUACAUCCUCCUCAACGGAACUAUUAAAAACCAAAGAGAACCUACACAAACAAGGUCAGAGACACCUGUGGAACAAUGUCAAUCCUAUGAUCUAAAAGGUAGCUCCAAGGGGUGGGUGCUGUAGCUUCAAAAGCAAUCAAGCUUCCCUUACAGGCAAUUUGCAGCCAUAAACAAGACCUUGCCCACCAUGCAAUCCAGCUCUAGUUUUAGGUAGCUGCCAGCAGGUGCAGGAUAUUAUUAUUUAUACCCUGCCCAUCUGGCUGGAUUUCCCCAGCCACUCUGCAAGGCUUCCAGCAAAAAAAGGGGGGAAAGUCAAACAUCCAAAAGUUCACGAUACAGGGCUGCCUUCAAGAUUAAUUUCCCAGUUAUAGCCACAUGUGUUACAGAGCAGAGGGUAGAUCUUUAGCUGAAAAUCUGCAUCUACAGCAUGUAGAAACAUUCCUUGAAAUCAGUUUCCCUUGCUGGCCCAAAGUCUGGCAAGAGCCUUAAUAUUUUUCUGAAAAGGCAAAGCUGUAAUUUGCAGGGUGCUGAAUGCUGUGUUCAUAUUCAGUUAUCAGUAGGCUUUCCUUGAUACACAUUCCACUGAAAGGACAGAGACAUGCCAAAAGACAGAAAACCGAAGUUGGCAUAGAUACCAGCCAAAAUUAUUAGAGAAGGGAUGAGCAAGCUAUGCCUCUUUACUAAUCCCUGGCCACUAGCAGUGAUUCCUGUGGAUGAGAGACUCCAACAACUGAAGAGCCACUGUGUUUUCCAUCACUAGAUGGUGUGUGGUGUUGUUGUUGUUGUUUCUAAAAAAAACUAGUGGGAUGCGGGUGGUGCUGUGCUCUAAACCACUGAGCCUCUUUGGUUUGCCGAUUGGAAGGUUGGUAGUUUGAAUCCCUGCGAUGAAGUGAGCUCCCAUUGCUCUGUCCCAGCUCCUGCCAACCUAGCAGUUCAAAAGCACGCCAGUACAAGCAAGAUAAAUAGGUACUGCUGCAUCGGGAAGGUAAACUGUGUUUCCGUGCACUCUGGCUUCCAUCAUGGUGUUCCGUUGCACCAGAAGCAGUUUAGUCCUGCUGGUCACAUGACCUGGAAAGCUGUCUCUGGACAAACGCCAGCUCCCUCGGCCUGAAGGCGAAAUGAGUGCCACACCCCAUAGCCGCCCUUGACUGGACUUAACUGUCCAGGGGUCCUUUACCAAAACUCUUGUUGAGAAAAAGUAAAUAAGGCUCAUAACAGGUUUAUAAAAUUAUGGAUGAGGUACAGAAAGCAGUGGGGAUGUGUGCGUAUACAUAUAUAUUCUGUUGAAACUGGGAUCAAUUAGCAGGAAAUUUAACCUUCCUUAAUGCCCCAAUAACGUAAUUACAGACACCACCAACCUGGUGCUCUCCUUUCAGACUACAAUUCCCAUCAGAAUGUAGGAGAUGGUGUCUAUAAUUAUUGGGGAAGGCUGCUUUAUGGUGUUUGCUGCCACAAGAUGUGUGUGGUAAUGUCUGUCAUCUUAGAAGGGUUUAAAAAUGGAUCCAAACCAAUUCGUAUUUUAUCAAAUAGUUACAUUCCACCUUUCAUGUUGAAACAACAAAGGUUCAGGGGCAAAGGCAAUGUUUCAGCUACUGGAAAGGGCCACUGCCUUCCUGUGAGCUUGCCACUAUAUGAAAGCUGCUGGAGUUGAUGUUUUAAAUAUGUAAGCACUUCAACCCCUAUCUUACUUGCCUUAAGUUUGAUAGCCCCUUUAUUGUGCAACUGAAGAUAUGGCUAACACAGUGUUUGCUGGUUUUUGUACAGGGCAGAGGCCACAGCUAAACAUGCCAAAUGUGAGGUUUUUUUAAAAGUUAGUACACACUUGGUUCAUGGAAUAAUUUUUAAGAAUAAAUGGACACAAACCUGACAUGCCUCUGAUGUGGGCUUAUGUCUAUAUCACAGGACACUUUUUUUGCAGCUGUCUAAGAGGUCUACCCAAGUGGCAUUUAGGAAUGAAAAUGGCCAAUUGUAUAGAACAUUUGUCCCCCCCCCCCCCCGGAUGUUACAUAGGUAUUUUACACUGUUUACAAGCAGCAUACUGGUAUGCAAGAACUUGGGCCUGAAUGAAAACAGGUGGGUUGCUUUUUCCGUGGCAUAAUUAGGCCCUAAACAUUUGCAAGUAGGAGCUCUUUAAAAACCAUCUCCUUCCACACAAAGUGGCCCACCUACAUAAUUUCCUAUAUAAAAUCCAGAUGGCUGCAGAAGAAGUGGAACACAAGACAGGUUCUGGUUUUUACAAUAGCGCCUACAGGUGUUCACCUGACUAGUUUUAAACACACAAACAGCAAGAACCCAGCACUUUAAAGGAAUGUGAGAUGGUGUAAUUAAAUUGCUGUUUGUAUUGACUCUGUUAGCACUAUUUUGCUGUUGCUUAAGUUUGUUUUAUUGUUGCUAGCCUGCUUGAAUGUCAUCCAAUGGAAACACGUGAUAUAUAUUUUUUAAUUUCUGGGAAAAUGGCAAUCAGGGUAAGGCUGUACAUGCCACGGUAUCAAAGAAGUACAGACAAAUGAGAGAAAAGGAUACUGAUUAGAUGGUUCACAUUCCAGUUUUCAUUUAACUUUAAGCUCAAGUUUCUAGUGUUCAUGGUUAAGAUUUGUUCAAAAGUUUGAACAAUGCCUUUGCUGUUAUACUAUAUAACUUAAAUUUGAUGCUGUAUUUCUAUUUUUAUGCUUUGAUUGUACUUUUUUAAAAUUCUAAGCUGCCCAAAGAGCUCUUGUUAUGGGCAGUAUAUAAAAUGUUAAAAUUGAAUAAAUGCCUGAACACUCUAGACCAGAAGUUAGCAAUGGUGCUUUGUUGCGUUCCUUGUUCCCUUCCUCCAGAAUCAUUGUGCUUUUAUGCAAAAGAGUAAAAACAAAUGUAAAAUUGGACAAAAGUGCCAAUAUGCAUAAUUUACACAGGGUAGAGAAUCUAGCUUUCCUUGACAAUGGACAUUGCAGCACUGAAUACUGAAAAAUGUAGACUAUGGGUACUUUUCUGUAUAUCACCCAAGUAAAUAUUUCAGAUAAAAUGGGAUGUACCUUAAGAAUGAGGCAGAUUUCAAGAGGACAUAUGUGAACAGCCACUUCCCCAGCUUGGCUGCUGAAGGCCAAGAGCAGAACACAGCCAAAUCUUAAGGGCACUAUGCUCUGCUGCAAAUGGAGUCUUAAUUUUUUUAGCAAUGUCAUCUGGGUCUGGCCAUUUCCAUUACUGCAGGCCAUGAGUGGGGCUGCUGGAAGGGAAACGGGGCAG